AUGCCAGUUCCCGUUCCCCGUCUUUACAAGCCCCCGGCACAUCCCGUCAUUAAGCCGAGCCACUCCACCGACACUCAUACAAACUCCUUCCAGAACUUUGCUGCCACACUCCCAGUUUCUCCAGCUGGGCCGCCCCCCUCCUUCGGGACCCGCGAAGAGUGGAUCAACUCCCUCCCGUCCUGGAGGCGGAUCAAGCCCCGUCGUAUAUGGGAAGAGGACACUCGUGUCGCCGAGCAGCAUUUUUUUCAUCAAGGGUUGACUGCCGCGGACAACGCGUCAGUCAUUAAAGGACCUCACGCUGAAGCGUGCAGUUCGCCCACGUAUGGGAAUGCAGCAUCCCCUCGAUGCCACAUGGACCAACCUGGGUCUGACGGCGACGCCGACGACGAGAUGGACUCGGAUGAUCCCCCCACCAAGCCGAGGCAGUGUGGCGAUGGAUUCAAGUGGGAGAGUGGUUACUUGAAUGGGCCCACCGCAGCGUCAGGCAUCAAAGACCUAUCUUCACAACAGAUGGAGGGAUCUCCCUCUUUGGUCUUCACUGACCUUGCCACUUCUGAAAACCAGCGAGGCUUAUUCUCACCAAUCUUUGAGGAUCAGUCUCCUAGCACAACGAGUGGGCCUGAUUUGACCUCUAGCCCUCUAGAACCCGUCACUCCUUUUGGUGAUUACGUCGAUCGGGCGGUUGCGGCCACGACAUAUACCGGGAGCAGCAACUACGCUAUCAACGCUGUUACAGUUUCAGAGUACGAGUGCCCUGAUGGUAAUCAUGUUACAGAUUAUUAUCAAGCUCAACCGGUUUUCCCAACCAUCGCCAAUCAGCCCAAUGAAUCUUCUGCCGCUGAUGUAGUCACACCAAGCGCCACGGCUGGAUACAAGAAGCUCGCUGAGCCGUUGUCGGAAUGGGUUGCUAAUUAUGUUUGGAAGGUUUGUACCACGGGUCUCAGUCUACCUUCAAGCUUUGCCCACCCGAUGAAUGCUCCGGUUCAGUACUUGGCUGAGCCACCAAGCUACCUCGCGCCUUCCGUGCAUUCUCUUCUGCUAUCUACCUUGCUCCAGCCGUCCGCUAUCUUUUUGGCCAUCUGGUACAUCGUGCGAUUGCCUGUCUGCUUUGGGGCCGCAGCACUCGGCCCAGAGUAUACGAAAGAGCACCUUUUCAGGGCAGCAUUACUCGGGGAGCCUGGCGCAUAUGAGCGUGAAAACAUGGAAGCCUCAGCUCCUUUCCGCCUUAUUGUCCUUGGAUGCAUGCUGGCGAACAAAUGGUUGGAUGACCACACAUUCAGCAACAAGACUUGGUUUGUCUUUUUCUUCUGUCUACCAUGUGAUGCAGACCCUGAUGACCUGCAUAGGCAUACAAUCUCGAACGUUCCUAUCCAGGCGCUGAACAGACUCGAGUCCCUUACCCUUGACAUUUUUACUUACGACCUCUCCAUCUCAACACGUGAUUGGUCGCAAUGGCUCCGGCACAUCCUGUCAUAUCAUAUGUCCUUGUCUUCGCCAAAUCAUCCCCAACCAAUCUCCCGUCCCUCUGCGAACCCUCAUGCUAUCGUUCGAAAGGCAAUUGAUGAGAUCGCUCAGGCACCGGCUGCCUGGCUUACCUCUUCUAUUCCUCAGCCAGUGUUCCUCGGUGUUGAAGAACGCAAGAGAGAAAAGUUGGAGCAGGAACAGGCUAUCGAAGCUCUGGAAAUUGAUCUCGACAAGGACGGGCCACUCCGAGAAGAAUACCUUCCUCGGCGUCGUUCCAACGGUGUAGGAAAUGUCAUCCAUGCACCUGAGCGUUGGGAACACGAACCAUUUGGGAGAAAGCAGCAGAAUCAGUACCGAUCCGAGAUAAUGGGCAAGCCUCUUCCACCUCCAGCCAAAUGGAGUCCUGCUGGCGAUGAGCCUAUUUUGAAGGAGAGAAACCGUAACAGCGGUCAAUAUGUUGCCGUUCAGCCACCACCUCUGAUCUCUUUCUCACUCAUGCAACACAGCUAUGAUAUGGGAUUCGAUCCCAAUUGGAAUCCCUCUGGGUAUAUGCCCAUUAAAUCGCAGCCAGGUUACAUGUACGACGCGCCACCAAUCCACAUCAACCAAACGAUGUACCCAUAUGCCCUUGUUCCCUCCAUUGCAUUGCCACACUCUCGCUCUCAAUCGCUGUCCUACGAUCAACAUAAUUUACUCUCACGCAACCAUCUGCGUUCGUACUCUCAAUCAAGCUUCGAAUAUAGAUGUGGUGAUCCUCGGAUGACUGCGAACGAACUUGCACCUGGUCUUGAAGCCGAGCAUCGAUGGAUUGAAUCCAGCCACUACCCAUACCCAGGACCUUCGUUCCCCCUGCCAGCUGUGGCUCCGCAAACAACCUGGUUAAGGACUUGA